AGUGUGGAAACUCGGAACGUCGUCGUCCAGGAUCUCGAUCUUCUUGCCUGUGAAUUUGGGAUUCUCAUACAGCAUGAUCUUGUGCUCCUGGCUGUCCUGAACACAGGCAGGUUGGAAAAAAGUGGUGUGAAGAACAUUAACGUGAGGAAAACGUCUGCGCUCGUGCGCGAAUGUGGAGAUUAGUUACCACUUUAAUGGGGCGGAAGGCGGAGAUGCAGUCGCUGCGUCGGCUGUUAGUCCAAGCGUCCCAGCGAGGAUACUCGCCCUUAUCCAAUGGUUUGGAUGCUCAAAAAGGUCUCAGGUAGAGCAGGAGGAGAUACAGAGGAGACACAGAGGAGACACAGAGGAGACACAGAGGGGGUUCCUGACACUCUGCCUCUCCCUGCGCUCAGUCUGCCCCUUUUCCCUUCUUCCCGUUCACUUCUCUUUGCGCUCUCAGUACAUUUUGUUUUUGUUUACUAUGCACGUGAGACGGAGGGACACCGACACGUCGUCUAAGCGUCAGCUCGGUUUGAACCACACGCGUCCGCCCCUUUAGGAGAGAUUUUAUUCUUCCUGUCUUCUUAAAAGCAUUUUCUCCUUUUUGUGGUUUGUGUUUUUUUUAUCAGCAUUUGGAGCAAAAUGCUGCUACUUAUUGUUCUUCUUACACUGAGUUUUACACCUGGGGAAAGUUUUCCGUCCUAUAAAUACGACGACAUGGAGGACGCCUUUGAUUAUUACGCAGCCACGGAGGAGCUGGAGGAGAGAAACGCGAGCGCGUGCGAGCGGUGCGUCCCGGAGACGUGUCCACCGGCGCAGGGCUGCAGCGCGGGGCUCGUGCGCGACUCGUGCGGCUGCUGCUUCGAGUGCGGAAACCUGGAGGGACAGCCGUGUGACCCCGGGGACAGAAACGUCUACUACGGUCUCUGUGGAGAGGAAAUGGUGUGUAAGACCGAGGCGUCUCAGGCGGCCGACGGAGAGCCGCAGUGCGUUUGCGCGUCUCAGGAACCUCUGUGCGGAUCCGACCAUCAGACUUACAUGAAUGUCUGCAAAUUCAAAGAAGCAGCUUUCUCCAAACCGGGACUGAGCUCGCGCGUCGGGCCGUGCAGGACCGUUCCUGUCAUCAAAGUCCCGCCGCGUAACUUGGUGAACGUGACCGGCAGCAGUGCUGUGUUUUUGUGCGAGGUCUUCGCCUUUCCUAUGGCGCUGGUGGAAUGGAGGAAAGAGGGAAAGGAGGUUGUUUUGCCUGGAGACGAUCCUCACGUUUCUGUGCAGUCCAGAGGAGGACCUCAGAAGUAUGAGCUCUCUAGCUGGCUGCAGAUCGAGGAUGCGACUCGGGCGGAUUCGGGGACCUACAGAUGCAUUGCCAGGAAUGACUUGGGUAACGUCUCGGUCACGGCAGUGCUGGGGAUCCUGCCACCAGAUGAGAUGUCUGCCUAUUUAGAGGAAAGCAUGAAAGAGAUGAUGGGAUAUGAUCCGAUCAGAGACUACGAUGGAGAAUACUAUUGAACCGCUUUAAGCCUGAAAUGUACAGCUGAAGAAAAAAAAAAAAAAA